AACAUAAUUCUUGUUUGUGAAAGAGUUCAAAGAAGAAAAAAAAUCAACAAAUAUUUGGAUUUGUUUAUAAUUUCUUUUGAUUGAAUUUGACAGAUAAUUAAAAAGGGACUGCUGUGUGUAUAAAGUCUAAUUUACUUAAUUAGUUACAAAAUUAGUAACAUAAACAAAACAAAGAUACCAUUGCAUAAGGAUUUUCAAACUUUGUCUCAUGAGGGAGAAGUUGUUAUGUGAAUAGAAGCUGGAGUGAUGAAGAUCUAAUUAACAUAUGAGUUAUCAAAGACAGAUUGUGAUAUUCAGGGACUAGUCAUUAAAGGAUUUGAUUUUCAUUUGAAUCUUGUCACAAGGGAGAAGGUAUUAUAAGGUUGAACAAGAGUUAAAGUUUAUUAACAUGUCGACUAGAACAUUGACUUUACAUCAGUUAGGCCUGAACCAGUGUAGACGGUCAGUUUACUGGGUUGACUAUGUACCACCAAGACCAGGUCCAAAUGGAACAACAGAAAUCACUGCUACACCACGUGUUCAAGAACUGGCAAGGCAUAGACCUCCGAGCAAGCACUGGAUGGGUGACAGAAUAACCCCAAUGUGGCCUGUAUCAGAAGAUGCUAAAAAUGCACCAACUACAGAACGCAUUCAACUACUGAGCAGACACAAAUCAUUUUUAGAUCACAGAAUGGAACGAUCCCCAUACAUGUAUGUCAGUGAAUCGGCCAAACGGGCAACGCCAAGUCAAAGAUUGGAGCAACUCUCUGUACCAAAGCAACGCCAGGAUCGAUAUGGAGUUUACGAAACAGAAUGGGGUCAGUAUAAUGAGGUUUCGCCUGCGGCCAUGAAGGCAUCUCACACUGAGCGUAUAGAAUCACUAGCACAAUCAAAAAGUUAUCAUAAAGAUUUCAAAGAUGAGCGAAGUAUACAGUGGACUGUGGGUAAUUCGGCAUUGAAUGCUAUCGCCACUUUAAGAAUGCAGCAGUUGGCACGUCCAAGAAGUAGAACAAUGAUAAAAGAUGAUUACGACCCCUAUAAAAUUUCGCCGUCUGCUAAACGCGCUCGGUGUACUCCUAGAGUAGAUGAGUUAUGUGUACCACUUCCGAGGAAAGUUAGACAAAAGAAGGUUGCCUAAGUAUUGUAAAAUUGUUAAAUAUCAAUUUGAUAAAUUUAAAAAUCUA